AUGACCUCGACAGACGUCUUGGCCAAUGGCCACAGUCACUUCGACACCUACACCGACAACGUACUGCGGGCGAGAACACACAUACACAAGCCGCUGCAUGCGCAAGUGUCGCGCGCAUCGUCCGCAGAUGGCGACCAGCACUUGGGCUUGCCGGUCGAAAACGGCGGGGGAAGUGCCACGACAAGUGGCCGCUCAACGCCCGUCUCAGACAACGCUCCCCCAUCGACCAAAUCCUUAUCCUCCGCGCGCAAGCAGGUCCGCGCCGAGCAGCGCCGUCGCAUCUUCCCGACCAUCGAAUUCGCCUCGCGCGUCUCCCACUUCGAUCCCUCCAGCGACUACCGCGACUUCCAUGGCUUCUUCAACCUCUUCUGGAUCGGCCUGGCCAUCAUGGGCAUCACCACGAUGCUGCGCAACAUGAAGGACACCGGAUACCCCAUGCGCGUGCAGAUCUGGGGUCUCUUCGCCGACAAGCUGUGGCAUCUGGCCAUUGCCGACUUCCUCAUGGUCGCAACCACUGCUGUCAGCUUGCCAUUGCAUCGCUGGAUGCGUGAACACCCCAUGGGCGGUGCUUGGGGCUGGAGCAGAGGCGGAAUGGCGAUUCAGAGCAUCUAUCAGGUUGUCUGGCUGACGUUUUGGAUCAUUGUGCCGUUCUGGCUGGACUGGUCAUGGACCGCCCAGGUCUGCCUCCUACUACACACCAUGGUGCUUCUCAUGAAGAUGCACUCGUAUGCCUUUUACAACGGCCACCUCUCAGAAACAGAGAAGCGACUGCGCAAUCUAGACGACCCAAACCCCUCGAGAGCAGACCGCAGGCCGGCCUACGUCUACCCCAGCGCCGACCACCGCAAGGGCAGCAGCGUCGAUAAGGGCGUCAACGGCGUCAACGGCCACGCCGCGCCCGAAACCGAGACGGAGCCCGAGCCCACCAGCGCCGACGAAAUCGACACCCUCCGCGAGGACCUCGCCCGCGAGCUUACCAGCCCCAUGGGCAACGUCACGUACCCGCGCAACCUCACCUGGGGCAACUACCUCGACUACCUCUGCUGCCCGACGCUCUGCUACGAGAUCGAGUACCCGCGCACCGCUGCCAUCAACUGGACCGCCCUCGUGUCCAAGAUCAUCGCCACCUUUGGCUGCAUCUUCCUCCUCACCGUCAUCUCCGAGGAAUACAUCUUCCCCGUCCUCGUCGAUGCCUCGCGCCGCCUCGAGCUCGUCGCGUCCGCCCACCUCGUCGACGCUUCCUCCUCCGUCGCCCUCGAGUCGUGCCUCAUCCUCGCCGAGACAAUCUCCUGGCUGCUCUUCCCCUUCAUGCUCACCUUUUUGCUCGUCUUCCUCGUCAUCUUCGAGUACGUCCUCGGCGCCUUUGCCGAAAUCACUUGCUUCGCCGAUCGCCACUUUUACGCCGACUGGUGGAACUCGACCGACUGGAUGGAGUUUUCGCGCGAGUGGAAUGUCCCCGUGUAUUCUUUCUUGCGGCGCCAUGUAUAUAGCGCUUCGAGACCGCAUACCGGCAAGGCGUUUGCCACGUUCAUCACGUUUCUUAUUUCUGCUGUCGGACAUGAAAUUGUCAUGGCCUGCAUCACAAAGAAGAUUCGUGGAUACGGCUUCGUCUGCCAGAUGCUGCAACUGCCUAUUGUCAUGUUGCAGCGAACUCGCUGGGUCAGGGGCCGCAAGACGCUCAACAACGUCUGCUUCUGGUGCUCCAUGAUCCUAGGCCUCAGCCUGAUCUGCGCACUCUACGUCCUCAUCUAA